UUAAUUUUGAUGACCGAUAAAAGAAUAGACAAAUAUAUUUUUAAUGUAAAGGAUAGAAUUGGAUAAGGAUCUUAUGCUGAGGUUUUUAAAGGAACAAAUGAGAAAACUGGAGAAAAAGUAGCAAUCAAAAUGUUAAGUAAAUCUGUAAUAAAUGCGUAAUUUUAUCUAUUUAUGUAUUUAGAGAUGAUUAUCUCAGAGAUGGAUUGAUUUAGGAAAUAAAAAUUAUGCAAAAAUUAAAAAGUCCCAAUAUCGUCUAAUUACUAGAUGUAAUGGAAACAAACAAUAAUUAUUAUAUUGUUUAAGAAUACUGUGAUGGAGGAGAUUUUGAUGAGUAUGAUUAUGUUAUUUUACUUUAAGACUUCUUAAAAAAAAGAAGUUACUUCCAGAAAAAGACGCAAUCAAAUUCUUAAUUGAUGUAUUAAAUGGAUUUACACAAUUAAUAAAAAAUGGUAUAAUUCAUAGAGAUUUGAAACCUGCAAAUAUUUUAAUAGACAAACAAGUAAGUUAAUUAAUUUAUGAAGACUUACAAAUUAGCAGAUUUUGGAUUUGCAAAAUGUGUAGAUAAUUUUAAAAANCUAAGAAGUUGA